UUUCAAAUAGCCAAAUAUGAUCCUAACAACCAAUAGAAAGCUUAUUUAUUCAGCUUGUAGAUGAUGUAAAAAAAUUACCUUUAUGACUGGUUUUGUGGUCCAGGGUCACAUUUGUUUGGGAAUGUUUUGGACCGUUUCCUUUGCCUUUCCUUUUGUAAUUGUUGCUUGAUCUGUGCAUAUUUCUCCCCUGACAACUUUUGCACGGAAGGAAGCAAUAUUAUGAAUUACAGACUCGAAUUUUAGCUUGAAGCAAAGGUUUGAAGCUAGAAAUGUUUAAAUGACAGGUUUUUACAAACAUACAGCUUUUUGCAUCACAAGAUGUUAAUUGAUGGACUGGAGUGGUGUGGAUUAUUGUGAUGUUUUUAUCAGCUGUUCAUCCUGACGGCACCCAUUCAAUGCAGAGGAUCCAUCUACAUUUUUGUUGUGAUGAAGAAACAAAUUCAUCUAGGAUGACCUGAGGGUGAGUAAAUGUUAAGCAACUUUUCAUUUUUGGGUUAACUAUUCCUUUAAUGCUUGUGCAUCUGUCUGGUCAAACUGAUCACCAGAUCAGAACAUUUCAUGCUUUUAAGACAUUAUUUGCAUAAUUGCAAACAGCACCCAAUGAGGUCCAUGAGUCAGUUGGUAAGCAUGCUCUCAUUUAUUUGAUCUUAGUGGCACAAUUUUGCUGUGGUUCAUGAAUGCACGUAGACUUAAUUUAAUGAAAACCCUGUUUACUCUACAGGCCAUACAGCUUUCAUCUAAAAUACACUUAAAAACAACAGGAUCUAAAUACUUUAGCUUAUUUGGCUUUAUAGGCAAUAAAUUUGUCUUUGGUUUUCAGAGCUCAUAUUUGCUCAAAUAUAAUGUAUGUUCAAUAUUCUCAUCCAUUUUCUUCCAGUUACGCCUAUAUUUUGACACUUUUCUGAGCAUGAUGUUGCCAUUACUGCUCUAGACAGCGAAAUCCAUGCGACUGAGGUGUGUUUGGAUUACAUCAGAUAACUUUAAGUUUCAUAAAACCAUAAUUUUCUCCAGAAGUUUCGAGCUUUGUCACAUGGCUUCUAGCCACUUUCCUAAACUGGCCUAAAAAGAUGAUUGGUGUCUGGAUAGUUUCAAUCAGCCUAGCGCUUCCAAGAAUGUUCAAACCUUUGCCAGGCCUUUUCUUUUUCUAGCUUUUCCCCCUAUGAAGGGCGUCCAGAUUGUCUAUGGUUACCAAGGAGACGUGUCUUAUGAAAAUGUAUGAAAUGUUCACUCAGAUGGAGCCCCUGUUGUUGUGUGUGAUUGCUGAUAUUUUGCCAAAAUUAGUGUGUAUUCAUGCACACGUAGCAAUCACACGCUCAUUCAUACACGCUGUACAAUCAGUGGGAUUGAUUGUGUUAAGAAAAUCAUUCAUAAUGUUUUACUGCUCUCUGCAGGGAGGAAAACAACCCCCUAGUGACGAUCGCUGUAAAAUGUGCCCCGUGUCCUUGUGCACUCAUUGGUGGGACAGCACCUUGGUGGGGAUCUCUGAUUGGCUAUCGGCUGCUUUUGCCACGAGCCAAUCGGUGCUUCUGUUUCCAAGUCAACUUGGAAUGUUGAGCUAUUUAAAUCCAGAGAAGGUGGAUCUGAUGUAUUGACUUGUAUAUUGUCUGAUUGUAAAUUGUCUGAUUGAUAAGAUUCUCGCUGUAUAUGUUGAAAGGGACAACCGUCGAGGUAUUCUUUGAAAAUAUAUUUGACUUGCAGCAUAUUUCCAUCUUACGACUUGACUACCUGGGUCAACGUUAGCUGUUUGAGGUCUUGCAUUUUAUAAGUAAAAGAAAAAGAAAAGAACUCUUUCAUCUGAAAUAUAAUGAAUAAAUAAAAAAGAAGAAAAAAGAUGUUGAUGACUAAAGGUAUACCUUUGAGACAGGUCUGUCCUCUUUGCUUGUGUCAGCAGAAUAAAGCCACUCGAAUGAGUUUUCAUCGCCAUCUGCAGGUUAACAACCGAAUACAUGCAGGUUCAAAUACCUUCAUUUGACUUCUGUGCUAAAUGUUACAACAGCAAUAUAUUGUUUGUGAAAAGAAAACUUAAAGUGCCUAAAGGAAUGCUAGUGGAAUUUCUGUGGUAAUUUUGGAACCAGUCCAAACAAAAAUAAAACACUCAAGUAAUACCACAGUACUCAUUCGUUUUAAAAGUUUUAAUUUUGAACUCUUAACCUUUAUUAUAUGUAACUUCUUGCGCUAAUUUAAGUUAACUCGCUUGUGUGAUUUACCGCCAUUCAUUUAAAGUGCGUACGCGGGCGUCUGGCGUCUCUAUAGCAACUGAGCAAACACUGAUACAUUGUAGCAAAGGUUUACACUUCAGAGACAGUUUUAAAGUUCUUUUGUGUGUUCUUAAUUCUUUUUAUCUUUUAAACGCGCGGUAUGUAGACUGCUGUACACAAUUAAUACAGUCAGUUUCACACCUGUGGGACGGAACAACUGCAUGAGUUUCUGAGUCAAAACUUGGAUUGUGAAUUGAAGAUGUCGCAGACAUAUAGAUUCGGCUCCUCGGUGAAAGUGGAGCAGCUGGAAGAAGAACUGUCUGCUCAGAUUCAGGCUCUGAAGACUGAGAUUGAGGACAGUGAGAUUUUACAUCAAAUAUCCUCAAAACCAUACAGCUCUGUCCAUAUUCCAAAAGAUGCAUCUUACUUUCGUAUGGAGAGGCAGCAGGUGCUCUUCAAAGCACUGCAAGUUUCGUCCACAAAGCCUGUUGUGUCUCAAGCAGAAGUUGCUCACAGAGAGAUGGAGAGCUGUCUGACUCAAGAGUACACACCUGACAGUCUGCCUUUACUGCUGCAUCAGUUUUACACAGAUCAGACGUAUAAACUGGCACGAUGCAAAUACCAGCUGAUGCUGAGAUGGAGGAGAUUUGGCCGCCAUUCUGCUGUCCUGGAGAAACUAUAUCCUCAGUAUAAAAAACAAAUCACAUAUAUAACCAGUGAAUUUGAGGAUGCUGUGCAUAGGGCACGUCGUCUUGCAGUGUCCAGAGAGAAAGUUCUGGCAGGUGUGGAGAGCCCCAUCGGUGUGGUCACACAGGAAGACGUCAUCAUUUACCUGCAGUGGCUUAUUUGCCAUCUACACUGCGUCAAAAUCAUCCACAACUUUCUGCAUGUUCUUCAUUAUCUCCCUUCAACUGAGUGGAAUGAGAAACAGAUGUCCAGUACUGUAGAUUUGACAUCUCCUGCAUAUUUUGAUGGUGUAUUUGUAUCAAUGUCAGAGGUUCCCCUUCAUUCCAGCAAUAUAGAGGAUUUUAAAACCCAGCUGGAUUUCCUCCUGUCACAUUAUGAAAUCCAGUUCAAUACGAGCACCAUCAAAACAACUGGAGAUGAAUUGGAGCUCUUCAGUCUGGUUAACUACCUGUUCAGGACUGUGUUUAAAAAUCAAGAGGAGAUGAAGACCUUCUUGCAGUAUGACAGCACUGAAGCAACAGACAGGAAGUGGGGGAGAAAGAAUCCGAACAUGACGCUUAGAAAAGAGUCCAACUGGAUUCCUCAUAUACAGAUGAAACCAAAGCGAGAUCCCUGGCAACAAAAACAAAUGGCCAAACUCAAGGAGCUCAAACCAAUGGAUGAACUUCUCCAGAUGCACAGCAAGUUCUUGGAGGAGGCUGAUCUUCAAAAAGCAACUGAUGCUUUGAAGGAGUACAUUGCAUCUGUUUGUCAACCGGAACCCACAAAACCUUCAUCCAGUAGCAUGGCAACCCUCAAAGAAACGUCUGACAUAUGGAGAAGCAUUUAUAGCACAGCAAACAUGUUUCAGGUGGCCACUGGACAGACUUCUCAUUUAUCUAAAUAUGCAGAUCAGAAAAACUCUGAGAAAAAGAGUAAAGGUACUCCACGUCAAAGCAGCAGUUCUUAUCUUCUUGAGAAGGAUGAAGAUGCUGAAGAUGGUGCCAAGGAUCCUGUAACUGUCAGAGGAGCUUAUGCGUCUUUAAUCUGCCUGAGACACCUCAGGAUCAGAGAACUCAAGCGUACCUGUCUGAGCAUGCUAAACUACUUGCGGUCAGUGGAAAGGACUCUUGUGAUGGAUGCCCCGGGUCUGGAGUUGGUUGGAGGAGAUCUGGUGAAAAGUAUGGAGGAGACGGGCUGGAUUAACGCUGCUAGAGGAGAUGAUGGCGCUGCCGGAGCUCUUGGAUCACAUCACUACAUCUACAACAGCCCGGUUGACUAUAAGGUUCGCUGUGCAGAAUUUAUGGAGUUUCCCGAAGUGGAAAACCUCCAUGAUUACUACAGCACAGACGGGAGAUGCAUCCACACGCAGGACCAGAGAGGUCUCUACAUCAUUUAUGACGUGGCCCUGAUGGACCUGGAGGAGCUGGAGCAACAUCUGCUGCUCACAGCAUCUCAUUUCAUACAGAGAAGCAGAGAAUUACAUGCAUCUGAUGGAUCUGAAGGAAAACUUCCUUUUUCGGCAAGGUUGGAUGUGGAUCGGUUGGCUGUGCUUUUAGACAUUUGGACAUGUGAAAUGCAAUUUCUGGAGAACAAAAUACAACUCUUGAAUUGCUAUUUGGAGGCGUAUCAGCAUGUCACAGAUCCAGAGGAACAGUUCAGGCUGGCUCAGGUCAUCACAGACAUCAUGCACAAAAGGCCACAGAUAGAUUUAACUGCUAGAUAUUUUGUUCAAGCUUACAGGGACACGAUCGUCUGCCUCCAAAGCCACCAACAGCUCAUCAAACUAGUGCUGAACAAUCAGAUUGAUGAGCAGAGGCAAUAUCUGGAGAGGAUAUGGAGGGAGGGACAGAAUGGUUGUCCUUGUGAAUACGGCCUGCCACCAAACUACGUCCCUAAGCAUCUGGUAUCAAUCGGUGGAAGCAGGCCUGCUUUGAAGAGUGUGUAUUUUUUAGAGAUUCACCCCUCAUUGUGUUUGGCGUCCCGGCUGUAUGAGGGUCUUGAACAGGCCUGUGCUGAACUGUUUGAGCUGUACAGAGCGAAAACACCUUCUCAGAGAGUCAAACUGGAGCAAAGGCUGUUGAAAACAGCCCUGCAAAAUUGGCACUCUCUUGCCACUCCUGGUGCAACCUACAGUUCUCAGAUCCAGAGAGACUUGUUCUCGGAUGGGUUUAUCGAGGACCCUGUCCUGGUCAGAGAGCUGGGACUGUCCGUUGUGAGAUCUACGGAGGAACAGGAGAGGAAACAAGGCAAAGACAAACAGCUGUUCAUGCUGAAGACGUUCUGCACAUUGCUAGAGCUCAUCACGCUCCGUCAUCGCAUCAUAGAAUCAGCGGCAGAGACCCAACAUCUGUCCCAAUUAUAUAAAUCGCUGACCAGACUGAUGGGCUUUGAUGAGGUUCAUUUGUACAUGCGGCCAGUGCAGUUUGAGUUCGCUGUGCGGAAAGAAAUCCCAAAACAACUUCCUGUGUUCAUCACGGCCCUUCAGGAUGACAAACAGAACGCUGACAGGUUUGUCCCAAACAGCCUGCCUCUCGCUGUUCAGGAACUUGAUGAGAGUCAUAUUGGCAAAUUUAGCUUUCAAUCUAACGAAGCAGUUUUACAGCUCUUGAAUCACUCCGGCCUGGAGAACAUGCAGGUGGUUCUGGUGUGUCAGGUGGUGCAGAAGAACGCUCUGAUUGGUGCGCUUAAACAAGCGUCCUUAUGCUAUAAGACAGAGAAGCUGGUUCAGUCCUCAGACACAAAACUUCUGCUGCAGCACGAAGGAACUGCUUCCUCUGAAACCAGGAAACAUGCUUUAGCUACUAGAAACAGGCUUGCAGGUGCUUUUGUGUCCAUUCAGCUGGAGAAAGUGGGUCUUCGAGAUGAAAUGCUGAACGCAUUUAUAAAGAAGAAAGAACAGAUGAGUGCACCGAAGCUAAACUCUGAAGAAGUUGGCAGGAUUAAGAGGAAACUGAUUUUGGAGUUCUGUCACAAAUUUAACAAGCGUAUGUCACAGUGUUGUGUCCGAGGACAGGUUGUUGCUCUUUGCCACAGUCUCUCCUCACUGCUGGACGAGGUGCCGCACAUCCGUGACAAUCACUUUGUGAUGGGAAAACCCAGUGAAACCAGAUCAGACCUGCAGUCAGACGACAGAUUAUGUCCUGAUCCAAGGACAUUUCAGCCUCGUCCCAGAAGCCUGUUAUCGGCUGAUGGAAAGCGUCUGGUAAACCUGUGGUUCAUCCCUCAUUACACAGAAGUGCUGCUCAUGUUCAGAGCUCUGGAGGAGAAGGAAUGUCACCAGGCUCUUCAUACCACACUGCAAAUUAUUUCAUCUCUUCAUGACGUUGUCUGUUACCUGGUGAGCUUUGCUCGACUUGGGAAUCCGAACACUUCCUUCAGUCCCAGCAGCGCUCAGAGACUCACAGCGGACUGGGGUGGCUUAGAGAGCAUUGGGGCUGAACUGUGGGACGUCCAGCGACAGAUUGACUCUCUCUGUGAGCCCAGAAGUUCAGAGGCUGUCACACGGCUCCUGCAGCUACACAGAGACGUGCUCUUCCUGCGCUUUGAUACCGCAGUGCGCUACAUGAUCAGGGAGGUGUUCCUCUCCUCUGGAAACCUCUCGGCCUGUCAGAGCGUGAGUGAAAACAUGAGCCACGCCCUCCCUAUAAUGAAUAACAGCAUGAUGGGACAAGCCAAUUUCCUCCCCAUUCCAGAGCCGCUAGAACCGACCAGUCUUCAGGCUCAAAAAUGGUAUCCAUGGCGAACUUUUCUUGCAAUCCAUGGAUCACAUCCUUUGAUUAUAUGGGAUGUCUCACCAAUUGAGCAUUACAUGCAGCUCUGCCUGUGUGAUCUGAACGACCGCUGUAGGAUGGAGGCUAAUGGGGCGAUUCUGGGCGUAUCUCUGAUCAUUGAUGAUGUGCUGAGUAGUGGAAGAGAUGUAGCGCCGCUCCAACUACAGACCCCAGCAGACUCAGACAUCACCGCAACACCUGAUAGAGAAGUUCUUAAUGAUAGCAUGGAAAAUGAGGAGAGAAAAACAGAAGUUGCAUCUAAAACUCAAGACCCCAUACAGUCCCUAAUGAAGCAGCAGGGAUUUUUAUUGCUCUGGAAGCAGAUGGAAAUUUUUAAAGAGAGCUGGACUCAACGACAGACGGGUGUUGAGAAAAUAAACACCACUGCGCUGUUUAAACACUUAUCUCAGCUUUACAGGGUGGAGGUUUACUUUCCCAGCAUGCAAGCUCUGGCCCAGCAGAUGGAUAAAGAGGGGGAAUAUGAGAUUUUGCUGUCUCAGACUCAAUCUGUCCUUCCACCACCUGGAGCGGCAGAAGUUGACGUCAAAACAUGGCAGUUACUGAGACUCUUGGAGUUCACGGAGUGUGACAUGAUUCGAGCGCUUCAGAAAAGGAUUAACAGUGAAAUGACUCUAGUGAUGUCGGAGCGCUCGCGGCAUGACACGCGGCUCCCUGCAGAACUGUGGAAAUGGCCUUCAAUGAAGCACAGUGUCUCUCUAGAGAGACCGCAGAUUGUGGAGGAUUUCAUCCAGAGUUUGAUGAAUGGUGUUGAGCGUGAGACUAAUGAACAGGUGACGUUCUCCAACGCUCAUCUUCAGAAGUGUUUGACUGAACUGACUUGUGCUGUAAUGAAUCGCGAGCGGAGUGUCUUCCAGCGAUAUUCCCAGUUUUACGAGCACAUUCUUCAACAGCAGGAACAACUGCUUUACCAGAGAGAGCAGGAUGUUAAAGAGCUAGAAUCCAAAGACAUGCAGGCCAGUGAUCCCUACAGAAAGGUGGCGGACGUAUGUCGUGGGAUGAUGGCUGACAUCACUGCUCUGCGUGCCAGAGUAAGUCAGCUGGAGGAGGAGAAGAGAAGCUUAGAUCAACAUCUCAACCUCAAACAUAGAGAACGCAAUGACAAGCUGGUUCGCCAGCUCUUCUCCACAUGUGUUCUUCUGAAGUCACGUCUGGACAAAUACCAUGUGAAUAUGGAGCAUGAUGUGCGACAGCUGGUGAGCAGCGUGAGGAAGGAAGGCGUGGACAGAAUCAUCAAACUGAAAAAUAAAUUAUCCUCCGCUAAUGAUAACGAGACCCUCAUUCACACACUUCAUGAGAAAGAGGUAUUAGAAGAUCUUCAUGCGGAGAAUAGCAAGCUGGUUGGACUUGUGUGUAAACUGAGAGCUUUUAACCACUGGAGGCUGGUGACCAAUCAAGAGAAACUACAAAAAGAGCUGCUGCAAUGGAAACUGAAUGAGGUGUCAUGUAAAACUGAAGCUCUUAAAGUGAAGAUGAUCUCAGAGCAGAAGGAAAUUGCUCUAAAACAAGAGCUGGAUGCUGUGCAGGAGGCCAUGCUGCAGUGUAAGAGCGACUAUGAGCACAUCCAGAUACAGAUCAUUCAGCAGUCUCAGAAGCUGCAGGACAUGGAGCAUCGCUCGACACGAGACGCACAGAGCCGACAGGAGCUGCAGGUGCUGCGGAUGCAGAGUCUCGAGCAGCUGCAGGAAGAUGCAGAGGACCGAGAGGGUCAACUCAGAGCUCUGAGCGCACAACUCGAGAAAAACAGCAAAGAGACAGAGCUGCGGCAACAACGCAGCCACAAGCAAAUCAAACAUGUGAGAGGUCAGCUUCAUCAGGAACGGAGCUUGAAACUAGAAGCUUUCCAACAGGUGGACAAACUACAAAGUCAGAUCCACAGUUUUGAAUCAGCAUUGUGUAAAUCUACAUUUCCUUCAGGGCGGCAGAGCUCUUCCUCAAGACGGCUACAUUUAAGAAACGCUUCGGCAGGUUUGCUCAGGAACAACUCGGUUAUGUCUUGUACAAACAGUAGCUUUAUAAACACAACUGAUGAGCUCCAUACUGAAACGGGUUGGAGAGAGUCAUGGACGCCUCUGGACAGACCCAAAACCAAUUCCAAUCGUCUUCGUCUGGACAUUUCAGAGGCGCUGUUACCCAGUCUUCCUGAUGGAAAUGCAUCUUCUAACCAUCUGACAUACCAGAAUCUUAGAUUGGGUCACAAGUAAAUAAUCAGAACCACUAAUUAGUGAUUAGUGAUACCUUUUGAUUUAUGGGAGAUUUUGUAACCCGCUUUUUACUUGUACCCAAAUGAUCCUAACCUAAAUCUGCACUAACCUGAAUGACCCUGACAGGUCUGAUUAUUUGUGCAUUAAUGAAAACUUAAUGUUUACUGGGAGAAUCUGAAGCAUAUGUCGGUCACAUUUUCACUCCAAAAUCAAAAAAUAAAAUUUUUAGGACUAUGAAGAUUGUUUGCAUUUUCCCCCAAACUAUUAUUACUAUAAUGAUUUUGAAACAGGACUUUCUUAUAUCUGACCAAUGCCUUAGUACGAGCUAACUAAAAGUAACUAAAGCCAUUAAAGAAAACAUUUUCAUUAAUUGAAAUAUGAUAAACAUUAACUGAAAAAAUGUAAUCUAAAAAAAAUGUAAUCUAAAAUAACUAAAAUUAAAAAAUAAAUUGAAAAAAAAAAAUAGCAUAUGGACAUAUUUAGAAAAAGUAAUAUAAAUAACAAAAAUGCAGUAAAUGCAACAAAAAAGUACAAAAAU